AUGCGUCUCCUUGAGACAGAAACGUUGACGCUUCACGAAUUCGUCGAGGGCCAAGUUCCCAAAUACGCAAUAUUGUCGCAUACGUGGGGUGAAGAGGAAGUUCUCUUCAGAGAUCUCGGAAAUGGUCCAUCUGACAAAGCCGGAUGGACCAAAAUUCAGUCUGCAUGUCGCGUGGCCCACGACCGGGGCUAUGAUUGGCUCUGGAUCGAUACAUGCUGCAUUGAUAAGGCCAGCAGCAGUGAGCUGUCUGAGGCUAUCAACUCGAUGUUCAGGUGGUACAAAGAGGCCGCCAUCUGCCUCGCAUAUCUCUCCGAUGUAGAAUGCUGUGAGCCUGGAACCGACGAGUGUGAGACGACUCUGGCAGGGAGUCGGUGGUUCACCCGCGGCUGGACGCUCCAGGAGCUCCUUGCUCCGUCAUCUCUCGACUUCUAUGAUCGAGACUGGACACUUGUAGGGUCAAGAACCCUCUUCCGCGGCGUCAUUGAAAAGAAGACGGGGAUCGAGAGUAUUUACUUGUCGGGAGAGAGGGGUUUGGCUGGCGCGAGUGUAGCCGAGCGGAUGAGCUGGGCAUCAGAAAGGACAACAACCCGAAUUGAGGACGUUGCAUACUGUCUGCUGGGAAUCUUUGAUGUCAACAUGCCCCUCAUCUACGGAGAAGGUAUCAAGGCUUUCCAGAGGCUGCAAGAGGCAAUCAUUCGCGACAACGACGACCAGUCCAUCUUCGCGUGGGGGAACCCGCAUGAGGGAAAUGUGGUCAGAAUUCCAAGCCCCCUAGACGGCUGGUCACUCCUCGCGUCAAGCCCGAAAGAUUUUACGCACUCCGGCGACGUUAUCCCCAUCUUCCAUGUCACUACCAGUGCCCGAGUGCGCAUCGAAAAUUCAGGCAUCACCUUUAUGACGCCACUUCUCGCAGAGACACCUCCAAAGUGGUACCAAAAGGCCCUCACCUAA